ACAAACGAUCCUCUUCCCCCAGGCUGGGAAAUUAAAAUUGACCCUCAAACUCGAUGGCCUUUUUUCGUUGAUCACAACAACAGAACAACAACCUGGAACGAUCCCAGACAUGAUCUAAAAGAGGAAAGGCAACUAUCAUCCAAUGGACCCUCCUUGUCACCGCAGUCCUCCCAGGAUGGCCGCCAGCAUUAUGUCAGGGAGAUGCAGUACCCCAGCCUGCGCCAGGGCUACAUCCCCAUCCCCAUCGCCCACGAGGGCCUGGAGCACCGGCCUCUGCAGCAGCACCCCUACUACUCGUACACACAGCCCAGCAUGCACAGGGUUAAAACAGAGGCCCAGGCCCCUUCCCCCACGCAGGCACACACAGGACGGCCCACAUCUCCCGUUAGGUCCCCUUUUGAAGCGUCUCCCUCUGAGCCUCACUGUGGACAGGCAGGAACAGCUGCCUGCUGCCAGGGCCCGCUCUCACAAGGACCUGAGCCCCAUGAGCACCACCAUCAUCAUGACCCCCACCCCCAGGACUGCUCCCAUGCAGCCCCUGCUCAACAGCCUGGGAGGCCCUGCAGCGCAGGCCCCCAGCUCCUGCCGGGCUACAUUUCCAUCCCAGUGAUCCAUGAAGGGGCAGGAGGGCGGCUUCAGCCCCAUCUAUCACACCAGCAACCCCAGGCCCCCCAGUGGCCCCAGCACCCUGAGUACCAGCCCGUCUACCACAGUGUGCAACCAGAGGACUGGGCUUACCAGCCCAGCCUCUCACAGAGUACCCGAGACCGGCCAAGCCGUGAAGCAUCGCCCAUCCGCAUCCCCCAGCAGUUGAGGGCCCAGUCCCCAGUCCGGGUGCACACCAUGGAACCACAGGUGCAACACCAGAUCCCUUGUCAAGAGUCACCUCCCGGGAUGCACCGGGAGGAACGAGGCGGCCUGUGCGGGGUGGACAUCCCGGUUCAGCCACUUUACAAGGAGUGUGACCUGAGACAGUCACUACCCAUGCCUGAGAAGACAGGGGCCAAGAUUUUUGCGACAACAAAGAGUGUCCCACAGGAAAUGAUGGCUGCCCCAGAAGAGGUUCCUCCUCAGAAGCCAGAAGAACCAGAAGAAUUGUCACCAAGCCACCCGGGCCUGGCUAAGGUUCAGCAGAUUGUUGAUAGGGUUCAGAAACUGGAGGAAAAAGUCCAGAACUUUGAAGGAAAGAAAUACGACAAGCACUAUUUGAUGCUGGAAGAGUUCUUGACUAAAGAGCUGCUGGCCCUGGACUCUGUGGAUCCCGAGGGGAGGAUUGAUGUCCGUCAGGCCCGGAGGGAUGGGGUCAGGAAGGUCCAGAACAUUCUGGAAGGACUUGAACUGAUUGCCGAACAGCAGAAGCAUAGUGAGCAAUCCAACCAACCAGAAGGAAAAGGAGACACCACCAUGAUCGACCAAGUGGAGUCAACCACGGAGAAGGAGAUUUAUUAACAGGAACCAGCGGCCCGUAUUUUAAGGAAGAAUCAAACCUAAACAAACCUGCUACUCCUGCAUAACUUUAUGAACAGUCUUUAAAGACGCAUGCCUAAAGAAAUUUAACAACUAUUGUUUUCUACCAUCUUAUAGAUGUCUGGAAAAUGGGGAUAGUUCAAUAUAUUGUAUAUUAUAAUAAUAGCUAACAAUAUAGGAAGAUAAUUACCAAUGCCCUUGUAAACAGUAGUAUCCACUAAUAUGCAGUAGAAAUGCAUGCUUGAGUAAGGAAGAUAUGAGAAAGAGGGGAAAAGUCAUUGUUAUGAGAAACGAUACUGUUACAUGAUAAAUCCUAAAUAUAUAUAUAUAUAUAUA